GAAAAAAGUAGUUCCUACGACAUAUUACGAAAAUUAAACCGGGAUAUGAACAAGUAGAAUAAUCAGUAAGAAAAACAGCUCCAAAAAGACACCGAAACGUCAGAGCAAAGAAAGUAACAACUUUGAAGAGAUGGAUACAGAUUCAAUGGAUCGACACAAAAUUGAUGCCACUGGUGCACACGCCCAAAAACAGCAACAAUUGCAAAGAUCCAUUGAAGCAAGUAAACAAAUGCUGUAUGGAGUUUUUGGCAAUGUUAUAACAAUGCUUGAGGAGUAUGAACAAAGGGAGCUUGCACAGUUUCAAAUGCAGCAUAAUAUGCCCAAGUCUGAAAUCUUCAUUCCUGAUCAGAGACAUAAAACAUUUGAUGACAUAAAAAGCAAUGUAGAAUGCCAGCUUCUUCUCUUUGAGACUCAAACAAAAGCUUGUCCACCCGAAGCAUUUGCAGAGAUUCACGAAGAGCUAAAACGCCGGACAUUUGCUUGGUCUGCUGUUAGAGAAGAAAUGGGUAUAAGAGACAUUCACCAAACGGACUAUUACCUAGCCAAGCUUUAUGAAAUCCUAGCUAAAGGAGAGACAUUUCAUCAACCGAUUAAUAGUGAAGGGGUGACUGAAGAAGUAAUGAAAGAGGGGUUUCAAGCAAUGAUUAAUGGUGAACACGAUCGUGCGGUACUGGAUAGAGAGUUUAAAACCAACCCUGAUAAAGAGGCAGUUGGUCCUGUGACUAGAAGUAGUGAAAUGAUACGUGAAGGAGCAAACAGAAUAUCUCGGGCUCGAGGGGAUCAAGAUCUUGACAGAUUUCUCAAAGAAGAUAUCCACAGAAUUGAACGCAAUGGUCCAGAAGACAUAAAAUAAACGAAAAACAAUCAUAUUUGACGUGAAGUCUGCACACAUAAUUAAACUGAUAUAAAAAAAAAUGAUGAAUCACUGUAUUUUUAUUGAGAUGGUUAUGUACGCUUUAGCAGUCUAAAAUGGUUCUCUCAAAAUCCAUGUAUCACUGUUGCAUUACGCUAAUUGUUGAUGACAAGAACAACUUAUUUGUAUUGCAAAAUGCAAUAGUUGCGUACACACUGAUAUAUAUUAUAUUUGUACAUGUAUAUACGUAUAAUUGUCAUUAAAAUAUUAAGAUCACUUAUUACAGUUUUCUGUUGAAUGUAUUUUUUUUAUAGAACUCUGAAGGUUAUGUAACAUGCCCUCUUGUUUUAUUUCUUUAAACCAGACACAAUUUUCAAGCUUCUUUUACAGUUUCCUUAUACAUCACUUAUUUGUGUUAGGGGCGAUGACGGUAGUUUGCAUUUCCAAGUACAAGUCAUGAACGGGAUCAAUCAAUGCAAACAGACCUUGCAACAUUUUCAAUUUUUAUAAUACAUAGAAUGAAAAAGAAACACAAUUUUUAUCUACUCAAUGUGUUUAACGUUGUCCUAAAAUGUAUCAAUAUAAAACUGAUUUAUUGUAUAAAUGAUUGUGUGAAGGUCAUAAUA